AUGGCGCACAACGGUUUCGGUUCUACUGGAUUGGGCAUGCCCACCGGAGGACUAGCUUCGCGUCGUGGCGGUGGCCAGAACAUCAAGCCUCUGUCCUUCGAAGCCAUCAAGGCUGCUUCUGAACACAAGGAUAACGGUGUUCCAACCCCGCGAACCAGUCGAUCUCACCUGCUUGCAGGCCUCAGAACGGCCCCGAAAUCAGCUACGGCAACUUCUUUCGCUGCCGCUUCCCCCACUUCUGCUGUCCCACCUUCUCAUGUGCAUGGCAGGAAUAGCGUCGCCGGAAACAUGUACGGCAACCAAGAGAACAUGUACGCCGGACCCAAGACUUCUCUUCCUCGCCUAUCGUCCCAGCAGCAGCAGCAACAUCAGCCGCAGCAGCAGCAAGGUUACAAUCAGAUGAUGAACAUGAGCCACCAGCAGUACACUGCUGAGCAGAUUUUGGCACCUCCCGAGCUUCAUCUUGACGAACAGGUUCAGGAUCAGAUGGACCCUUCCCUGUAUGCUCAGUUGGUAGCCACCAAUAUGUAUUUGGCCCAGCAGCAGCAACGACUACAGCAGCAGUUGCUCAGUGUUCAGGCUGCUGCCCAGCAGUUUCAGAACAUGAGCCUCAGCGGGCAGUCCGUACUACAGCAGCAGAUGGCUCUGCAGAACUUGUAUCAUCAACAACAGCAACUCAAGAACCUUCAGCAGUCGAUGGCCACAUCUAUUCCCACUCAGCAAAAUCUGUACACCUACUUCGACCCCGCGUCUGGCCAGCAGGUGUACUACAUUGAUCAGGGUGUCGGCCAGAUGAGCAACGCCAACGCCAGCAACAACUACGUUGAGCGAACUCCUGGCACCCCCCAGGGUUAUAACCGCCAUCAGCCCAGCAACAGCACGCCUCGUGUGCAAGUUUCGCCGCCGCCUGCCGAGAACACCCCGCCUACGUUCCGGACCACCUCGCCCCCGAAGAAAGUAGAGUUGACGGCAGAGCCCACGCCUCUUCCGCCACCAUCUGCUAACGCUUUCCGUCGAGGUCAUAAGAAGUCAUCGUCUCUGGCGGGUGUCAAUAAGGGAUUGUCUCUAUCGACGGACGAAGCACCGAAGUCAGCUGGUCCAAAGACCGCCUCUUUCCCGUUGACGCCCAUGACUAAUGGUGGUUAUGGUCCCGGUCAGGGUCGGGCUGGCGAGCAUCCGAUUCGGCAGCCUCGUGGUCCUCCAGCGCUGGAUGAACUUAGGGCGAAGCCCACUGCCAAGCAUGAGGGUAGCAAGAACUUUGCGGCGCGAACUCGCCGCUCUGCUGUCCACAACUUGGUGAAGGCUGGUAUGGUUAGACGUAAGGGUACGGGUAGUAGCUGCGGAAGCAUGAGCCCCGUAUCUGAGUGCGCCGAGGAAGUAGGUAGCCCCUUGACCGAUAACGAGUCUGAUUCUGGACGUAGUGGCUCGGGCAGCCUCUCCGGCGACGCGGAACCGAGUCUGGCUAGUUCCAGGACUUCCACCAGUGGCAGCUGGGGAGCUAUUGGCUCCGAUCGACCGGGCUCGCGUCAGAAGUCGCGCAAGAGUGUCGAUAGCCUGUCUAGCGGCGGUGAGGGUGAAGGUAGCUUUGCGAGCGUGUUCAAGAAUGGUUCUCAACGACCAGGCAAGACCGAGUCGAUCGACGGACAGAGGAAAGCGCCUAUGCUCGUCCUCACUAGCGCCGAGAAGCGCAAAGGUGGCGUCGUGGUGGCUUAA